GAGGAGGUCGAGGGUGGAAAGCUUGGGGUCUCUCCGAAUAGAUCAGAGGGAGCUCUCAGCGUUUUCCUUGGACCUGCCGAAUUUGAGAUUUGGAGAGAGAGCUUUGAAACAGAUGUGUCUUUUGAAGAGAAUAGAGGACGAAGGAGGGGAGUUUGGAGGGAGGCUCUCGGUGCUUUCCUUUUGAGGAACUACCGAGCUGAGAAUUAAGAGGGAGAGAGAUAGGGCGAGAGUUGAAUGCUUCGAGAGAAAGAAAGAGGGAGAGCUGAGGGUUUCGAGAGGAACGGCCGAGCUAAGAAAGGAAGUCGAAAGGAAGAAGCUGGGGAAGGGGGCUCUCGUUCCCUCGUCAUUUCCUUUGAGAAGCCUAGAGCUACCGAGCUGAGAAGAAGGAAGAGAAAGCUUCAGAAGGGAGGUGCGAAAGAAGGAGAGGGAGGAAGUCUGAGAGAGAAAGAGGAGAGCGGUGGCUCCAGGCAAAACCCACGAUCCUUGUCCUAUUACUGGUGCUAUCAUCUGUCUUCGGGUAGCUUCAAUCUGCGCUGCUGACGACCCAUCACAGCCCUGCCGUUAAAAACUCCACCCAUCAAUUCUCUGCAAUCGAUUUGCUACCGCUGCUACUAUCGAAUUGCCACUAUUCGAGUUCGUCAAACCCGAGUUUGCCAGUUCUGUGAAUAUCAGCAUCGUGAUCCUUGUGAAGUCUACAAGAGUUUAAAGUUCUUAUCAUUUAUGGGUGAAUCAUUUACAAUUCAAAUAAGCUCCAACCUAGUCAGUCGGCUUUCUGAGGAUGGAGGGAAGUCAAAGAAGAAAACAAAGAAACCUAAACCAAAGACACAUGCCCCUCAGCAGUCACAGAAUAGGGCACAUGAGAACCAAAUUUCUGAUGGUUUUGAUAAGCACAAGGGCACUGCUACUCCAGGAUGGCCACUCCAGCCCCCUAUCUUCUUGCCAGUAACUCCACCACCAACUGUUGCCAAUGCAGAGUUAGAUGCAAUUCGAUCCAUACUCCAAGAGAGUCAGAGUGUGUUGGAGAGGUUGCAGAAGCAGGAGGAGAACAUGGUGCAGGAAGUAACACAGAGAGCCAAGGAGCUGCGUGACAAGGAAUUCAAGCUUCCCUAUCAGAAGCCCAUGCCUUGUCUAGCAGAGAAAGAUGCUUGCUUGGAGUGUUACAAGGAGAAUACCAAGGAUCCACUAAAAUGUGCUGAUGUGGUGAAAACUUUUGCUGAUUGUGCUCGCAGAGUUAGGCAGCAGGUGAGCUCACCACUGGGUUGAUUAGUGGACCUUAAGUUGGGUAGAAAGUAUGAAUAUUUGCGUCCUUGAAUGCAACUGAAUUACCGAUUUUAAUGGUACUGAGACUUUUGUCAUGAGAAUAAGGCAAUUACUUCCCAGUUUUUGGGUUUGAUGAUGUAUUUCAAAUAUUAUCCUUGAAACGGGCAUCACGAUUUUGACUUAUGGGAAGUAAUAUGACUUUUAUUUUCGUGGUUA